CAUGCACUUGGGCUAGCUAGUAGUAGAGGCAUGCUGCGUUCUGACGUCUCCAGAAUGGAGGAAGGGUCUAUGAAGGAUAGGCCCUAUCCUUCAUGUGCCCCCAAUUCGGGGCCUGUUCACUGUGUUGUGGAGUUAAACAAUGCCAAACAGCAGUUUGAAGUUUUUCUGAACUCUUUGUAGGUGUGCAGCGCAUGUUCUUUGAGCUGGCAGGAUGAGGCCCGCCCUGGUCCUCUUUGCAGCUGCUGUGCUUGCUGCCGCCACAGUCCUCGUCAAGAGCAAGAGUAAUAGACAAGGAAGAAAGGCCCCAGAGAGGGAAGUUGUGUUGCCGGUUGCUAUUGUGCAACAUAGCAUCCCCAAGCAUUUGGCUUCAGAAGCACCGCUUGAGGAGCUAGAUGGCCCUCCAGAUCGCUGCCCUGGUGACUUGGCUGUGGCUGGGGUUGAAACAGUGGCCUGCAAGGAGGAUGAGGGGCAAGAAAGGGGCAGCAAAAAGUUGGAGAAAGAUGACAGGGCGGAAGGAUGUGAAUCCCCGGUAGUGGUGGGGCCUGCGCCAAUGGCAGGGGGGAAUGGAAGUGCUCCCUGUAAGGAAGGCCGGCGUGACAAGGGGAAAGAUCCGAAUGGAGUGGGGCCUGCAGGAUGCGAGUUCCCCUUGAAUCGCGCAGUGGUUGAGCGGGAGGAAGUGGAGGAGGAAGAGGAGGAGGACCCAUGGGCAGAUUAUGAGAUUGAGUGCGCCCGGCCCCUGGGCGGCGUCGAGGAAAAUUGGGUGCGCGCCGUCACAUCUGGCACCGGCGUGUCCGUCAUCAUGGUCGUCAUCGCGCGCCAGGUGGCAGCCUGGCAGGUCACCCACGCCGGCCGAGAGCUCCAAUGCCGCCACGCGAUGCUGCGCAGCUGGAUCGUCUUUGACCGAGAUGGCAGGCCUCGGUUUGAGAUCUCCAAGCAUCCGUUUCUGAGGGCCGGCGUGGACAAUGUGCGCUUGAACUCCUCCGGGGGGGUGGAAAUAACUCCAACGGCGGGGGGGAGAAUGAUGGGAAGCCCUGCAGAGGGGGUGGACUGCGCGGUUUCGGAUUGGCACCAGAUCCUCGAGUGGGAGCUGAACACUCCCAUCGGGAAAGUGACGGCACCACCUACGACGGGCGUCGACACCAGUGAGGACCGCUUUCCGGCCCUGGGGCUAAAGCUCCACUUUCUCCCGGGGGGGCGGUGCUCGGUAGCUCUGCGGGUGCACACUGCCGCAUGCGACUAUGCGGCAGUCGCCCUAGCCGCAGGCGAGUUUGUGAACCUACUGGACCAAGUUGUUGCGCAGACUGACGAGCAGACUUUUUCGGGGGGGUCGUCGAGCGCCCCCCCGGUGGGGAUGAAGCGCGUUUUCAGCAACGCGGGGCUGCAUCAGGAGGACGAGUGGCUGAUUGGGGAGCAGUGCGAGGGCUCUCCGGGGGGGUUCAAGAUGAGACGCGCGGUCAGCAGUCAUAAGCUCCACCGUAAUGAGUCAGCCGAGCACCUGGCGGUGGGGGGCAUGAGGAAAGUCCAGAGCGCGCUGCAUCUAGAGCGGGGUGGUUUUGGCAGCUUCUUCAACCCUGAGAGCCGCUCGUCCAUUGCUUCGAGUGAGGGGGUCACAAAGCACCAUAACGGAACAUCGGGGGGGUCCGAAACAAGCUCGCGAAGUGGGGGGGGACAUGUGAUUCUGGAGCCGUUAGCAUUGAGUAAACCCCGGUCGGAAUCGCCCAGCAGCUGCCUCCAAGGCCCGGUGUCCUCAAGCACGUCCGCAUCUUCCCUGAGCCCGGAUCCGGACAGCCACGUGGCGGCCGCCAAUUUGUUCUCUCGCGUGCCGACUGAGGACGGGCAGGCAUUGUACGACAUGUCCGAGUUGCCCCCCCUCCGGCCCCUGCGAAAACGAACCCCCCAGGAGGAGACCUCGGCCCCUGAGAGCCCCCCCUUCUCGCCCAGCUUUUCCUCCCCCAUGUCCUUUGUGUCUGCGCAAUCGUUCCCGCUUUCGCCCGGGUCGAGCCCCUCGCUUUCUCCCUCCCCCUCUUUUGAGUUUGCUACUGGCGGGGGGCAAGAAUUGGGCUCGCUGGCACCCCCCCCUAGCCCACUUAGCUCCUGUCAAAGCCCCAGCCGGCAUGUCGCCAUGGGCCUCAUCGAUCCGUUUGCAGAGCUCGGCGGCCGCUCUGCCCCCCCUGAAACGAACACCAAUUCGCACCCCCCGAAAUCAGAUAAGUGUACCAUAGACACUCACCCCCCCGCAGCGUGCAAAAAGCCCGCGCGCAUACGAAUCGGUCCGCUCGAGUAUUUGAAGGGGGGUUCGAGCGCGCUACCGUGCGUGGAGGACCUGUUAGAUAAGAACCGGGCGAAGAAGCCGUUCUGGGCCAAGGGAGCGGACCUGGUCGGGUACUCGGUGGGCAGCCUUGGGAAACCGAUGCUUGCGUUCCAGCCCGGAUGGGCGCCCCCGCUGCGAACGCAGGUCGUGCAUUCAAUAAUCCCGCAAGCAGCUACGCAGUCCCUUCUCGCUGCGUGCGCCGCCCACAACACCAGCCUGUACGGGGCCCUCUCCGCGUCCUGCUUCAAGGCCGUGGCCGCCAGCAAAAAGACGGGGCCCUGUCCGGAGACGUACGGCAUCACGACCAUGGUCAACUGCCGCGCGGAGCUGCGCGCGCCGAUGCGCGAGACGGACGUCGGGUUCUUCCAUUCCGCUCUGAUGCACCACCAUUCCGUCGCGGAACCGACGGAGCUGUGGGAGCUUGCGGGGCGGUGCUCCGCGACGCUGGAGAAGGCGUUGCAGGAGGACAAGCAGUUCAAAGACAUGGGCGUGCUCAACAUGCUCUUCUACCAGGCGAUGCAGCACCCCAACCUGACGCCCCAGUCGUCCAUGCGGACGUCCGUGCUGUGCGCCUUCGCGUCGAGCGUCCACGUGCCGCUGCCCACGACGAGCAAACUAGAGUUGACAGAAAUCAUAGGGUGCGCCUCGGUGCACGGCGUCGGGCCGUGCAUCGGCAUAUUUAGCUUCAUGAUAAACGGCAACCUGCACUAUUGUUUAGCCUUCCCGGCCCCCCUGUUCUCGCGGGAACAGGUGGCCUGGGUCAAUGAGCGGAUGCGCGAAAUGCUUACAAGCUGCGCGGACAAUAUGAAUGCGGAUUAAGGUUGUUAUACAUAUGCGUAGCGAGAUUGAAAAGACCGGCAUGAGUUGAGGCUAUAGAGACUGGUUGGCAAACUGCGCGUAAGAGACUGAAGUGUGUGGAGUUUUGACAGUCACAUGUUGACAGGUACAAUUGCAACCGCACUUUCACGCAUACAAUCACAGUAAUGAAGAUUGUCACCGACCUGGAAUUUCGAGUGGAAGCUGUGUU